AUGACGGCCGUUUUCACCGCUUACGAAGUUCUGAGCUUUGUCUCCCUCGCCCUUCUUCUCUUUGCUGCCCCGGCCAUUGUCCUUCCCUCCAAGGUCACCAAGGUCCCGUCCGGUAUCUACUCGUCUACCACUGUCUCUCUCGUUCUUGUCGCCAUUGCCAAGUCGUCCCUCGCCAUUAUUGAGACUUUUAUCAAUAAACGUCAUGGCGCUCAAGGCACCCUUUGUGACGUUGACGCGGCACUCAUGGUAUUUUGCACUACCGCUGUUGUCGCGCAUAUUCCUCUCGUAGCUCUGAACAUUUACCGGCAGACGACGCUGGCAAUCAAGCCGUGGUCGUUUUUGGUGUCUGUGGUCCUGCUCAUCGUCGUAUAUGCACUCGGUGUUGCCCCGCUCAUCGCGGUACUCGCCGCCUGGAACUCGGCCAACGUGUCCUACCUGGGCGUAUGGUGGGGUACCUUUUGCCAGCCGACUAUGAAGUGGUGGACUCCACUCCGUCUUUCCACCCUUUUCGUGCCCCUUGGUAUCUCGUGGAUGCUGUGCGUCCCUGCCAUCAUCAAUGUGACCUGCCACGCCCACCGCCUGUCGGCCAAGCAGGUCUCCCUUUCCCUCCACCACCUUCGUCGCAAGGUGUUCACCAUGGCCAUCUCUACCCUUCUGGUCGCCGUGUUCCUGAUCAUUGAAGCUGUCUCGGGCGGCUCGUCGGGAUACUGGGCCGGUCACGCUGUUGAAGGCGCCACGGGUAUAUUUGUCUUUCUUUACACCCUCGACUGGGCCAUGUUGCGCAUGUGGGCCCGCUGGCUUGGCAUCCGCACUCGACCCGACGAAUCAUUCACCAUGAUCAACAGCCGCGACCACCUCCCCCUCGACCCGGAGCCGCCGGCCUCCAUCAUGCACUACACGGCACCUGCGACCCCCUCGAUCCAGAACGCCGAGUCUGACGCCGGCACCAUCCACAUCAUGUCUCGUGAAGAACACCGCGCCUACGUCCUCAAGAUCCGUCCGCGCGACGCCGAGUCUACCAUUGGUCGAAGCGUAUAUGCACCCUCCAUGGCGCCGACGGGGCCUGCCCCUCCUUCCCCCCGCGACGACGAGGUGGAGGAGGCGGUCAAGACUCGGCUCCGGGACUUUCGCUUCGCUCGCCCCGCGGUCACUGUUCUUCCUGAUGCUGGUGUGGUGCCGGUCUCUACGCGCGGCCCUGCUCCGGGAGUCCGGUUCCCGGGUUCUGACGAUGACGCGGAAGAUGUGCUCGACAGCAUUCGCCCUUGCGCUACUUCCAUCUACCCGACCAUUACGCGCCAUGCGCAGAGCGCCACUUCCUCGUCGGCCCCCUCAUCUCCAGCUCCUUCCGCCCUCUCGCUCGACUCGGAGUCCGACGAGUCCGACCUUGAUGGGGGUUCGGUGACGAGCGUCAGCACGACCCACACUUUCGAGGCCAAGGUCGAUGCGCAUGUCAUGCCCACCGCUAUUACCAACAUUGGCAACACUGAAGACGGCAUCGAGACUCUGGACAGCAGCGAUGACGAAGACGACCUCGAUGACCAUGACGUCGUGGAAAUCCAGACGCCCGUCGCCGCCCGCCUCACCUCUCCGGAGGACCAGGAGGCCGCUUGUGCAGCUACAUUCGCCACCACCACCAUUUCAGACGGCGAACACCCUUUCCUGAACCCCAUCACCAUCCCGCUCUCGCCCGAAGCCAUCGAGCAGAUGGCGGCCAAGCUCCGCCCCGAGGUCCGCCAGAAGUGGCAGGACAACGGACACUGCUUCUUCGUCGUCCCGACGUUGACGCAGAUUGCCGACGCCGAGCGUAUUCUCUACUCGCAGCGGGACGCCAAGGUGCCUUACCUGUACGACUCUUCCCGCGAGAGGCGGAGUGCCGUGGACGCGAUGAACUCUACGCACGCGUUCACGGAGCGGUACGAGCCCGAGUACACGGUCUUGUUCUCUGCCGACUGGCUCAAGUAUCCCCGCGACCAGCCGAUGGGGCUUCCGCUCCAGGACUACGAGACGGAGCUGAAUCCUGUUAGACAGGAGGAGUGGGAGGGAGAGACUGCGGUGUUUCCCUGUUAA